GUUCUGUCAGUGUUUAGAAAUUCGUUGUUAUAGGUUUACAUAAAGUUAAGAGAAAAAUGAAUAUUUUGAAGCCUUUCGAUAAUAUCGAUUUUAUUUUGAAUAAUAAAACGGUAUUACUAUCUCAAAAACUUUUCUCAUUGAUAGAAUUAUGGGAUAAAAUGUCCGUAUUCGAUUUCGAUCAAAUAAACAUGAACGAAACUAUCAAGUUGAUGGACUGGGCAUUGUUGCAUACUCUGAACAUUACUCUUACUGCCGAAUGGACACAUUAUACGGAUUUAUUCGAGACACAAUUAGUAAACGCUUUAGAGAAAGCGAGCCAUAUUUUGAGACCGAUUUCUGUAAUAUUCGAUAAAUAUUUCGAAAAAAUGUUAUACGUUUUAAAAACGUCGUGGGGUUGUCCGAUAUUGGAGGUCGUUAUUAAAAACGAAAACGUCGGAAUCAGUGAAAAAAUCGUCGAGUUUUUCGAUAGAGAAAAAGCUGAUUUAAUAGUUAUGAGAUUGGUUAAAUUAUGCGAUUCCCGAUGCGAAGAUUUAGCUCUAAAUUUGGCGACGGCGUUUCUCGAGUAUAUCCAAUACACCGAUAAAAACGGCCGUGCAGUCGAGAUCACCCCCAAACAAUUUUUGUUUAUUUUGGAUAUAAGAAUCGUUUUAUUAUAUAAGUGGGGUAGGAUAAGGGCUAUCGAGGAAAUCGUAAAUCGAUUUAGUUACGAGGAUUUCAAAUUUUGCGUCGAGAGAUUCAUGGACAAAGACACCGAUAAAUCUAAGACUUGGCAACAUUGCCGAAAGGUUGCUGCAUUAAUGUUACAGAUAUAUUUGGAAACGAACGUCGUUAAUAUGGAACGCGUACGUAAAUUUAUCGAUAUUUUGGAUUUUUAUUUGAAAGUCAGCGUAAAAAUGGAUAAUUUAGAAGAUUUUAUUGAAAAAGUUGGGAGAUUAAGUGAAAUGGCGGAACCCUCGUUGCUAUUAAACGUAUGCGAACUUUUAAAAAACGCCGAUAAUAGAAAUUUAUAUAAUUUUACCGCCCAAAUGUUCAUCAGAACCAUUAACGCCGAUUUGAACGAUAUAGAGGCACUGAAAAUAAACGAAAACUAUGAGAACGAUGAUGUGCGUCGUAGAGAUAUGUCAGUUGUCACCGCGAGGUUGGCGGCGACGUUUGACAGUUUGGCGGGAUUUUUGAAACGUAAUGUGAAAAUAGCACGAGAAUGCGCGUUAACUGCCUUCAGUUUGGAGCCUACUGCCGAUAGGUUGGGUAUUUUGGAAGAUUUGGCUAGAAAAAGCGGAUUGCCGAUAUUAGAUGCAACAUAUCAAUGGAAAUGCAAGCUACACCCCCUAUCAUCCCCUAUAUCCGACGUCGAAUUAUUAUCUGGAUGUUCCGAUUGUCGGGAAUAUAUGCGUCAAUUCCAACCUAAUAUACCGAUAAGGUCGAAUUUAACUCUUUACGAAGCCAUUCAAACAUUGGAUUUACCGGAAAUUAUUUGCGACGAUCUCGUUAUUUGUAUAUCAAAUCCGAGGUACCAGAUAUUGAGUUGGUAUUUGCCCUGGAUGGUACUGUACAGAUUGUGCGUGAUGUAUUUGAGGGACCCCCUGCGAACUAGGAAUUAUAUCACCAAAUUGGAUUAUGUCGAUAUCGAUUAUUCGAAAUUUGAUCGUAAUCAGAAAGUUUCGUUUAAUCCGUUCGAAGGUAUAGAAGAAGGUUACGAGAAGUACCUGAACUCCGAUUACGAAUCCGAAAAUGAAUCGACGUCCGAAACGUGCGCUCCACUCGGCGACGAUUACGAUCCCAAUUCGAUGGAAAGUCUGAAGAAAAUUCUCAACAACACCGAGGUCGAACCGACCGACAAUCGGAUAAUGCGCAACAACGGCAAAAAGGGAUUGGAAAAAUUGAAAAGAAAAUUUCGUUUUUUCGGAAAAAGGGCUGCGGAAAAAUCGAAUUUUUGAUUUGUAUCGUUCCAAACAAAUUCAAUAUAUAAAAAUCGUUGAUUGGUAGAAA